AUGGCCUACGUGCCAGGCUUGACGCUCCCUGCGUCCGUCUUCUCCAAUGCGCCGAUCUCUAUCCUGCUUCCCCUUGGACUUGGCCUGGGAUCCGGCCUUGUCUCACAGCCUGGAAAACUGAGUCCCAAGCGGUUCUCUGACUCGGCGGCGACAGAGCGAGGAAAGUUCAGAAGCACGCAAGACCAGUACAAGGCUCUAAAACAUCCUCCGUUCAGACCGCCUCCGUGGGUGUUCGCCCCGGCUUGGUCUGCACUCUACCUCCUCAUGGGAUAUGCCGCCCACCGUGUCUGGACGAUCGGAUUGGCGAGUCCGAGCCCGCAGACCGUCGAACAUGCAAGAAGAGGCGCGACAUUGUACACCAUACAACUGGGCUUGAACCUCGUCUGGAUGCCUCUGUUUUUCGGUCUAGGCAGACCGAUCGAGGCCAUGCUUGACGUGAUCACCCUGACCGGCACCGUGGGUUACAUGACAUAUGUCUGGCACAAGGUGGAUAAGACGGCCGCGUACUUGAUGGCGCCGUAUCUCGCGUGGCUGGGAUUUGCAACCUAUUUGACCGGUGGCACCGGCCAUCUCAACGGAUGGACGAUCAAGCAAGACGCGGAGACCCAGCAGGAGGUGGCGGCCGAAAAGAAGGAUUCGUGA